UUUUUUCAUCGCCUUGUUCUAUGAGCUUUUGUCACUAUUUGAACAAGGAAAGGGGUGACCAAUCACAUUACGCGUCACUGUCUUCCCUGUUUUUUUUUGACGCAGCCAAAAAAAAAAAUUUGCGAAUGGGAAAAUAAAUCUAAUUUACGUUUUUUUUUUUUUCUCAUUCAAAAAGAAGAUCAUUGCAAUCACAACAUGAGUUCUACACGUUCUACUCGUAGUAAAAAGGCCCCUGAAGCCUCUACUUCUACCACGUCUACUACUGUAACUCCUAUGCCUGUUGAACCCACACCUGCCCCUCUUCCUGCCAAAAAGAAGGUAGUGAAGAAGACCACUUUCGGAAAGGGACUUUCCAGCAGUGCCAAAAGAAUCUCCAAGGAAUUAGCAGAGAUCUCUCUUGAUCCUCCUUCCAACUGCAGUGCUGGACCUAAAGGCGAUGAUUUAUUUGACUGGGUUUCUACAAUCUCUGGACCAAGCGACUCACCCUAUGCUGGCGGUAUUUUCUUUUUAGAUGUUCAUUUCCCUGAAGAAUACCCCUUCAAGCCUCCCAAGAUUGUAUUUAGAACUAGAAUUUAUCAUUGUAACAUCAAUAGUCAGGGAGCUAUUUGUCUUGAUAUACUCAAAGAUAAUUGGUCACCUGCAUUAACCAUCUCUAAAGUCUUGUUGUCUAUUUGUUCCUUAUUGACUGAUGCUAAUCCUCAUGAUCCAUUAGUGGGAUCCAUUGCCCAGGAAUAUUUGACAAACAGAGAAGAACAUGAUAGCAUAGCACGUGAAUGGACUAAAAGAUAUGCCUGUUAAAAAAAAAAGAGAGAGCAAAAGUCACCCCCCAUAGCAAAUUACAUAACACAACAUCACACAAUAAAAACUUUAUAUUGAAAUAUUAGAUCUCCCCUCAAUCAGUCCACAAUGUAAAAAAGAAGUCUUUUGUAACAAUUUAGAUAAAAUAGAUUGUGACAAAGCGGAAUGUUAAAAAGCAUAUCAAUUAUCAGCAACCAUCAUUUAAUCUUUUGACGCAUCAAUAGAACGGCACUUGAAAAAAUAAAGUAAAG